AUGAUUGUUAGAGUUUUUAUUCGUCCGCAUUCUUCUAGCAAAUCGGGUACGGUAUUAUCAUGUUUCUUCUGGGGUUACGCCGUAACCCAACUGAUAGCCGGAGGAUUUGCCGAUGCUUUUGGUGGAGAGAAUAUUUUACCGAUAUCUAGCCUUACAUGGAUAGUGUUGACAUUUUUUACACCACAACUUUUUGAUUUUGCUUAUUGGUGUGGAUUUCCGCUGAUUGUACUACUAUUGACCAGAAUCCUGACUGGAAUUGGACAAGCAUUCCAUAUUCCUUCCAUGGCAUCAAUGGUUAGUCGCCAUCUAACUGCGGCGGACAAAGGACGAGUUUUUGGCAUUAUUCUAGCUGGAUCUCAUUGCGGAACCGUCCUGGCCGGCUCGAUUGGCUCCCUGCUGGUUGAGAAGUAUGGUUGGAGAGCACUGUUUCAGUUUGUAGGUAUUCUAUCAUUAGCGUGGUAUUGGUGCCUGCAUUUUGUGCUUUCACGUUCAUACAAUCGGCAGCAGUUAACAUCAUCAAAUACGGAGGAGGAGAUGUUCUUAAAGGAUCAUCCGGAGCAAAAUGGUCAUAUGUCCCUUUCCGGAAUUACUAUAGUGUCAUCAGCUGUGCCUUGGAGGACGUUAUUCCAACAUCCGGCGUUCUGGGCUGCUGCCGUUGCCCAAUACACAGGUGGUAAUGCAUAUUUCACUAUGUUCAACUGGCUUCCAAGUUAUUUCCACGAGACAUUUCCACAAGCUCAGGCCACCGUUUACAAUGUUGUCCCCAACGCGUCGAUCGUCAUCACAUCGAUGAUUGCUCCAUUUUUGGCCACACGACUUCUUAAUUCCGGAAAAUCGAUGACGAUUACGAGGAAAAUUAUGGAGGGUGUCUCACUUGUGGGUGUAGCUUGUUGUUUGUUCAUAGUGCCGAGCACUUCAUCGUUUACGAUGGCUUUAUUGAUGUUCUCUCUGGCUAUGGCAUGUAGAGGACUUCAUCAUGGUGGAGUUUCAGUGAACCCGCACGAUUUUGCACCACAUCAUACAGGAGCAGUGUUCGGUAUUUUCAACGCCUGUGGUGCAAUUACGGGCUUUAUCGGCGUAUAUGUAGCUGGACAUAUUUUGGACGCAACGAACAAUAAUUGGUCAUAUGUCUUCAUCAUCACCGGUCUACAAUGUAUUAUUGGAGCAGUUGUUUACGGGCGUUAUGGUACGGGAACGAAGAUCAUCUAG